CAUUUCUUUCUCCCUCUCUUCAUUUCGUUUAUAUAUAUAUAUAAACCCUUCUGGGAUUCUUCACUUUCAUUCCAAAACUCUCAAAGUUUUCCAGAAAAUCAAUCUUAUCGAUGAUGAACAUGUCUGCAAAAAGUUCAAAGCUUCAGGGUCCGCGGCCUGCGGCUCUUAAGGUAAGCAAGAGCUCUUCAAAGAUUAUGACGAAGAAGAAGAACAAUAAUAAUAAUGUUCAAAGAGUAAAAUCUCCUGUAGUGAUAUAUUUGGUGUCUCCCAAGAUUAUUCAUGUAAGACCUGAAGAAUUCAUGGGGCUCGUGCAGCGGCUUACCGGUAAACAAGCGACGGAGAAUUCAAAUUCGAAUUCAGAAUCUUCAUGUGCUACUGUAAUGGAAAAUGGUAAUAAGUGUGUUAAUGGUGGAGUGAAUUAUGAAGAUGAAGUUGCUUUUUCGGCUAAUUUGGCUGCUGCAUACUCUAGCUUAUGUAUCGACAUUUAUGCCGACUGGGAUAACUUUUAGUUUAUUUUAUGUAUAAGUUGAUAUGUUAUGUAUGAUUCCCAGCUCGAACUUUUGAUUAAUUAUAAUGUGUUAAUUAAUUAGUUCUCUCUUUGAAUGUGAUUUGGCUUUGUUUAUGAGCUAAUGUUUA